AUGGAAAGCACAAACGAGGGAGAUCACCAGGAUAAUGGCAGUCUGAAUACAUCGAGUGCCAUACCAAGUUGGGUACCACAGAUGGGCAUGAAAUUCGGCACUGUCGAUGAAGCAUGGACAUUCUGGGUUACUUAUGGGGGCAAAGUUGGAUUUGGUUCUAGAAAGCGAUACCUCAACCCAAGUAAGUUUGAUCGGACAAUCACGUCGUGCAGAUUUGUUUGUCGCAAGGAAGGCCAUCGAGGAAAAGACAAAAGAGAUAAGCAUAUUAAGGAACCUCGAGCUGAGAUUCGAACCGGUUGUCUAGCUCGCAUGGGUCUCACAAUAAACAGAGAAGCGGGAAAUUAUGAAGUAACCGAUCUUGUUCUAGAGCACAACCACAUUAUGCAGUUGCAAGAAACAUGCCACUUUCUGCCAUCACAGCGAAAGAUAUCUGAAAUUCAAGCUUUUGAGAUUGAAAUUGCAGAUGAUUCAGGUAUUGGGCCAAAAGCUGCGUAUGAGUGUGCUAGUCGUCGAGUUGGUGGACCAUCUGUUCUUGGCUAUAUACGUAGGGAUCACAAAAAUCACCUACGUACUAAGCGCCAAAGGGAACUAAUGUAUGGUGAAGCUGGGAGUAUGUUAAAAUACUUUCAGGAUAAAGUCGCCCAAAACCCAUCGUUCCAAUAUGCCAUACAGCUGGACAAUGAAGAACAGAUCACAAAUAUAUUUUGGACUGAUGCAAAAAUGUUAAUUGAUUAUGCUCAUUUUGGUGAUGUGGUUACUUUUGACACAACAUUUGGAACCAACAAGGAACUUAGGCCAUUUGGUGUAUUCGUUGGGUUCAAUCAAUUCAGACAAACUGUUAUAUUUGGUGCUUGCCUUUUAUAUAGUGAAACAUAUGAGGCUUUCAAAUGGCUAUUUGAAACUUUUCUCUUUGCACAUAAUCAGAAGCAUCCAAGAACUAUAUAUACAGAUCAAGAUGUUGCAAUGGGAAAUGCGGUUGAGGAUGUAUUUUUAAUGGCACGGCAUGGUUUAUGCACGUUUCACAUAAUGCAGAAUGCCAUCAAACAUUUAUCUUGUCAUAAGAAGGAGGAGGAGGAGGCGGAGGAGGAGGUUGAAGGGGAGGGGGAGGGGGAGGAGGAGGAGGAGGAGGAUGAACCACAUAUUCUUGCAGACUUCAGUGCUUGCAUGUAUGAGUACCGAGACAAGGAAACAUUUGAGGAAGCUUUUGACACCAUGCGAGGUAAAAUAGAAAAACAAACUUGGCUUGAUAGCAUCUAUAAGGUAAAAGAGAAGUGGGCUGAAUGUUUUAUGAUGGAUGCUUUCACCUUGGGAAUGCGAAGCACACAACUAAGUGAGAGCCUAAAUAAUGACCUCAAGAACCACUUAAAAGCAGAUCUUGACAUUCUUCGUUUUUUCAAACAUUUUGAAAGGGCCGUGCAAGUGAAACGUGAUGCUGAGUUGAAUUCAGAGUAUGAGUCUAGGGAGUUAUUACCUAGGGUCAAAAUGAAUGUUCCCAUGUUGAUCCAGGCAAGCAAGGUCUACAGUCCUAUCAUAUUUGAAAGUUUUCAAGCAGAAUUUGAGAGAUCCAUUGCAUCAUUCACCAAAAAACUAGAUGUGGGCUAUGAAUUUGCCAUAACAAUCAGCUCCGAAGAUGAAUGCAAAGUUAUUGGGAAUCCUUUUGAACAAACAGCUUCCUGCAGCUGUGGCCAGUUUGAGAGAAUCGGUAUAUUGUGUGCCCAUGCUAUAAAAGUUCUUGAUUUGAUGAACAUUAAGUUAUUGCCAGAACAUUAUAUUCUGAAGAGAUGGACUAGAGAAGCACGGUGUGGAACUAUUCAGGACAGAAGUGGGAGGAAUGUUGUUGAGAACCCAAUGUUCGAUAUUGAUCAGCGCUACAAAUCUCUCAAUCGCAAGUUUAUGAAUUUGGCCACCCAAGUAGCUCCCUCCGAAGAAUGUUGUACUCUGCUUGAAAGUGCACUUGAUAGCCUUACUAAGGAAUUUCUAGGCCGAAUGAAAAAUGUCCAUCAAAGUAACCACAUGGAGGGAUGUUCCACCCAAGUGGUACAUGAAGAAUCAAAUGAGCACUUAGCUGCUGCACGCCUAAAGAAAAAAUCUCCUAAGAAGAAAACUAGAAAGAGAAAGUUGAACUGGAUUGACAAGCAACAUAAGAACAAGAAGAAAGGGGCUCCAAAGAAAGGACAAACUGAAGUAAAGAGAGCAAAGAAAUUACCUAAGUUUCAGCAAAGAGAAGAUGGGAUUGGACCAUCACAAUCGCACACCAUAGAAAACAAUGAGUAUUGGAGCAACCAGAAUGUGACCGGGAGUAAUUGUUUCACAGAUAAUUAUAUUGCACCUAGUUUUACCGAUUUGGUGACGACUUCUAGAGUCGAAGACAUUGAAGCCCUUUGCCGUGACGACUUCUUUUGA